AUGUCUCCAACUCCCGGAUCCAAACGACAAAGGAAACCUGCACCUGGAAUCUCACGCGAGGAUUCGGAUGACGAACUCGGAGACGAGGAUCUUCCGUGGGAAUGGAUAUAUGACGAUGAUGGUCUCCAAAAGCGCCAGCAGGAGGAUGGUGCUGAGGCAGAUGAUGGAACCACGCCUCGCAAACGGAAACGGACACAGCAGAGCCGGAGUGGACCAAAGAUUGUCGGUGCGCGUAUGGGCAGCUUCGAGUGUCGCAUAGGAGACACAGUACUCCUCAAAGCCGAGGGAGGGUCCAAUGAGGCCUGGGUCGGCAUCAUCUGUGAAUUUGUUGAGGAGGACGGUGAUGAGGGUGACAAGGCUGCUCACUUUUUGUGGUUCUCUACUGAAAGGGAGAUUCGAAAUAAAGAGAAGAAACGGAUGGACUUUCUGCCGAACGAACUGUAUGUCUCACCAUCAUGGGAUGUCAACCCGCUCGCUGCAAUAAACGGCAAGGCUAUAGUCAUGUCACAGACGGCUUUCCUAAAAAAGUACCCCAACGGCAAGGUUCCUCGGAGCUCAAAAGACUUUGGCAAAGUCUUUGUAUGCCGCCGGGGUUGCAACACCCGCACAGCUAGCUAUACAGAUGAAUUUGUGUGGGAAGACAUCUACCGCGGGACUGAAGCCGACGUACUGAGUCUGGGCGAGCGUAUCAAGACGGAGACCAAAGCUACUCGUGCUCGCCGAAAGACGAAGGCGCCGUCCCUAGAUGUCUACGAGUUUCGCGAUGAUAACGAUGGGGACGAAGAUAGAACUCUGGCCAAGCUUCAAAGAACACCAAAGAAGCCCCGAACUGGCCUUGCCACCGCUGUGACUCCCAGCAAAGGUGGCCGCACUCCCAGCAAGCCAGCAACGCCGUCUUCUCACCGGCGGAUAGUGGUCAAGAAGCACCUCGAGUUCACUCCAUUGGCUACACGUACCCUCUCACCCGCCCAUCACCAGAACUCACCUUUCCAGCUGGCCCGUGCCCAAUUGCACGUCGCUUCGGUGCCGACCAGUCUACCCUGCCGAGAGGCCGAGUUCAGUGAGGUCUACUCGCACCUCGAAGCCGCCAUCACUGACGGCACCGGCUCGUGCAUUUACAUCUCGGGCACUCCAGGCACGGGCAAGACGGCAACGGUGCGCGAGGUGGUUGCCUCGCUAGACCACGCGGUCCGGAAUGAUGAGCUCGACGACUUCAUCUUCGUCGAGAUCAACGGCAUGAAGGUCUCGGACCCGCACCAGGCUUACUCGCUCCUGUGGGAGGCGCUUAAAGGGCAACGGGUCAGCCCAGCGCAGGCGCUGGACCUGCUUGAGAGGGAGUUUAGUAAUCCAAGCCCUAGGCGUGUUCCCUGUGUCGUGCUCAUGGACGAGCUUGAUCAGCUUGUCACCAAGAACCAAGGUGUCAUGUACAAUUUUUUCAACUGGCCUGGGCUUAGACACAGUCGGCUUAUUGUGCUGGCUGUUGCCAACACCAUGGACCUGCCAGAGAGGACGCUGAGCAACAAGAUCAGCAGUCGACUUGGCUUAACCCGCAUCACCUUCCCUGGAUACACCCACGAGCAACUGAUGAAGAUCAUUCAGUCUCGACUCGAAGGUGUACCUGGCAAUAUCGUCGAGCCCGACGCUAUCCAGUUCGCUUCGCGCAAGGUGGCAGCCGUGAGCGGCGACGCCCGCCGAGCCCUGGAUAUAUGCCGGCGGGCCGUCGAGCUGGCCGAGGCCGAGGCGCGCGGCAAGGACGACGACGAGACGCCCGACACCCCCAGCAAGCGAAAACAAAAACAACAAUCCACGGCGGCAGACGACGACGCAGCCGCCAAGAAGAAGAGGCGCGGCGCCGGGCGCGUCACCAUCGACACGAUCCGACGCGCCAUCGCCGAGGCCACGUCGUCGCCGCUGCAGCAGUACCUCCGCGCGCUGCCCUUCUCGUCGCGGCUCCUCCUCGCCGCGCUGCUGGUGCGGGUGACGCGCACCGGCCUGGCCGAGAGCACCUACGGCGACGUCCUCGAGGAGAUGCAGCGCGCCGUCAAGUUCGCCUCGGGCAGUCGGCAGGUUGAGCUGCUGGACCGCCGGAGGGUUGACGCCGCGGGCCGGUACGUCGCGGAUCCGGCGGCCGCCGCGUCGGAGGACGGUGGCGGAUGGGUGAGCACCAGCGCCAAGAAGAAGAAGGAUCAGGUCAUGCACCGGCUUGCUGGGUUGAGCCUAGCGGCGGUCGAGCUGACGGGGGCCGGGAUCGUGAACUUGGAGGCGCAGAGGGCCGAGAGGCCGAGCAAGAUACGGUUGGCUGUCGGUGAUGAGGAGGUCAGGCUUGCGUUUAGGGAUGAUCCUGAGAUUAGGGCUUUGGGGCUUGUACUUUAA